AUGUUGAUGUCUGACUCUAAAUUCAGACACGAGCUGUAUGAUUUAGACGAGACUUCGGGACACCUCACGCGCAAACCCGGCUUUCUGCCACCAUCGACCGCAGAGGAGCAAAAUGCUGAGUAUUGCAGCGUACUCGAAGCGAUUACUACCUUUCUCCAGGUAGAUUGUCGGUUAUUCCAUGUGCUGGAACAACCUGAACGAGUAGGCACGAAUGCUAUCACUAGGGUUGGUUGAGCAUUGGAUUCCUGACCGUGAAAAUGAAGCCUGUUGUAAUAUAUACAUGAGCGACCUGACUCUAGCAACCAAGUUAAUAAUCAUUAUACAGAAUCAGGUUAACGCAUUCCAAAACUGUAGAUUCCCAUUCUACACCACAGGUCGGAUCCAGGCCUGGCGUCUGGAGUAGAUCAUUGUGCCUGACGAGGGGUUUACAUGUGGGUGGCAUGGUGACAGCAAUUGAACGGGCAAAAUCGGCUGGCUUUGCAGUUGCUGUGCUCAAUCCUAACACGAAUUCGGUCAGUUAGGCUUUUACUAUAGUUAUUUUUGAUACCGGGGCAAUUUAGGUUGCGUCUCCGCAAGGUAAAUACAAGAGACAGCCAAUUGCAAAUUCCUUUUCUCCUGAGAAUCAUGUUCUCUAUGUUUGGGAUACAAAAAUUGCCCCGGUUGCCCAUUUGAAAUCAAUAUAUCUCCUGACAAAUGGGAAUGGUUCUUCCCUUGCCGUUGAUAUUGUGAAACUAAGCUGCAACACAAGGCACAUUCGCCCAAAGUGUACACAUAGGUUCAAAGGCAGAUGGUGCGAUGUGCAAAAAAUCCCAAUGAAUCCAUGCGUAUCCGCGCCAUUGCUUGCAUCGAGCCCUCACAGCUUAUAGAUGGUGGAGAGUCGGGUGGAGACAACGUACAGACUGCGUCUAAAAUUUAAUUCUGGGUCCUACUUGAAUCAUAUCUGCCUUCCUUUUAGGACGUUGCAACUAAAGCAGCAUUACGAGCACUAACACUUGCAUAUGAAGGACACAACACAAUAAGCUAUCCUAUUCGACUUCUUGGCGCCGAAAAGAAACUUGGGUGCACUUGCUUGUCCGUGGGUACUGAAGCUGGUGAGGACCAAGCAGCGCCAAAUGUGGCCAUCUCAGUGGGCCGAGCUCUGGGUAGUGUCUUGCGCUUCUUUGACUUUGCAUCAAGCCCCCCUGCAACAGCGACAGAACUUGGUGAGGCAUUUGCUGCUGCAGAAGCCAAAGCUUUUGGUGUCGACAGCCUGAGGUCGUGCGCAGAGGGUGGAAGGGCUCGUAAUGCAGGGCUGCUCAUGGCGUCGGGGCCUAUCCGCAGCCGACGGCCGGAAGGACUUCUAAGCCGUAUAUUUGCAAUCAGAGGAUACGGUCGUCGAGGCCUGUCCAAGAAGUCAGGGGUCCAGCAACACAGGUUCACCAGCUCACUGAGUGUAUUUGACUUUGAUCUCCUGCGGGUAGUUGGCAAAGGGGCAUUUGGAAAGGUGAUGCUGGUUCGUAAAAAACAGGGCCAGGUAAUUUUCAGGGUCUUAUCUUAGCUAGUAGGAAUGACUUACUGUCAAUUGCAAACUUACAGGAUGCUUCGCGUGUAUUUGCUAUGAAAGUUCUCAAGAAAUCAGUGAUUGCAGCUAAAGGACAAGCAGAGCAUACACGCUCUGAGCGUUCGAUUCUCUGCGAAAUUCGCCAUCCAUAUAUCGUUCGGCUUCGCUAUGCUUUCCAGUCAGAAGAGAAGUUGUAUCUUGUCACCGAUUACUACAAUGGUGGUUCUUUGUUUUUUCAUCUUCGCAAAAGCCGUGGAUUUUGUGAAAGUCGAGCGUGCUUUUAUGCUGUAAGUUCACCUGGACUACCCUAGCGCAUGACUUUUAUGCGCCUCUUUCUCAGGGCGAGCUACUUCUGGCGCUGGACCACCUCCACAAUUCUGGAAUCAUAUAUCGCGAUCUUAAACUAGAAAACAUUCUCAUGGACCAGAUUGGUCAUAUCGCACUUACUGAUUUCGGACUCUCUAAAGAAAACGUUACCGAUGUGCACCCAGUGUUAGUUAGUGUCUUGCAUGGUCCUGGAAACAUGUCUUUUUUGUAGAUAUUUCACUUCCAGUUAACAACGUUCUGUGGCACUGCUGAGUACAUUGCGCCAGAACUUCUAAAGGGCCUAAAGUAUGGUGCUUCUGUUGACUGGUGGUCAUUUGGCAUCCUUCUCUAUGAGAUGAUGGGAUUUCGUACACCCUUUUACGAUGUUAAUCGCAAACUUAUGUUCCAUGGGAUCAUCAACUUGGCACCAAGCUUUCCACCGCACUUCACAACUACUGCAAAAGCAGUGUUGCUUCGAUUACUGGACAAAGACCCAUCGCAGCGACUUGGAUCCAAAGGGGCGCACGAGAUUAAAAUGACCGACUUUUUUGGCCCACUUGACUUCCAGAAGCUUCUAUUGUGCCACCUAGUGAAAUUAGGGAUUUCAACGAAGACUUUUAGAAUUUAGGCGCGAGAUUACUCCACCUUUUCACCCAAAAGUUUCCAAUGAAGAAGAUACCAAAUAUGUUCCCACAGCGUAUCUUUCCGCCUCACCCGAAGACUCUAUAGACAAAACAGCAAAAGAAGAAGAAACCCAGCACUUUCAAGGCUUUACUUUCGAUCCAUCCCUGCGUUAAAUCAAAGGCCCAGGUAAGUCGUCUGUGGAAGAAGGGGGCUAUUUGAUGUCAUAGAUCAGCACUGGCCUGGGCAUAUAAGAGCCCACCUCAGACUAAAGGGCCAGCUUAGAAGCAAAUUCGCUCACCCUCUGUAGGUGACCCGGAUCCUCUGCACAGCUCCUAGAGCCUUCUCCCUGCUCAGUCAGGUCAGGAUGACUGAUCGAUACAAGAAUCUUCGCAAAUCGAGUAUAAGGUGAUGAUAUUAGUUGUAGCAUUUCUUUACACCGUGACCGUCACCAUAUAAAAAAACUAAGGUUUUUGAGCUGCGCGGCGGCAGUGACUCGGAAGUUCAAGUUCUGCGAAGAAUAUACCCCCUAGUACACACUAGGCCCCUCUUACUCUCCUACUUAGUCCCACCUUGACGUAAUGAAGGUUUACAC